AUUUCUUGCUAAGUUCGGUUCAUUUUCUAGAGAAGUAAUCAAGAAAAACUAAAACAAAUUGUAAUAAAUAUGAAAAGAAACAAAAAUGCAUCUUUUCUGUUCUUCAUCUUUGUUUUAAUGGCUGCUUUCAUUAUGUUUGCCAUAAUCUCAGUAGAAGCAAGAAAACAUCACCACAGCAAGAAAACCAAAUCCCACAAGCACCUUAAAGAGAAGAGUGGCGGUGGCAGAGAUUCUCCAGGUUCAGAUUCAGCCGCGGCUCCUGGUCCAGCACCAUCAUCCCCGCCUCUUCCUCCCUACGGUGGUUCUUAUCCUACACAAUCCAACAUUUUUGAUAUUUUGUCAUUUGGAGCCGAAGGAGAUGGAGUUUCUGAUGAUUCUCAGGCACUUCUAGCUGCAUGGAAAGCAGCCUGUAAGGUCAGUGGAGCUACAAUAAGAAUUCCAGCAGAAAAGUUUCUUAUCAAACCCAUAACUCUUCAAGGUCCAUGUAUGCCUCACCUUCUUCUUCAGAUAGAUGGAACUGUGCUAGCUCCUCAAGAAGUAGGUUCUUGGCCUAAAUCAAGCCUGUUUCAAUGGUUUAACUUCAAAUGGGUUCAUGACUUCAGCAUUCAAGGCACUGGCUCUGUCAAUGGUCAAGGCUUUAAUUGGUGGACUCCUUCUAAUCUCUAUUUUAUUCAGAAGAGGUUCAAGCACAUUCCGGAUAUGAAACCAACAGCUUUGAGAUUCUAUGCGAGUUAUAAUGUUACAGUUCGUGACAUUGAAAUAACAAAUAGUCCUCAAUGUCAUCUAAAAUUUGACAACUCUAAAGGAAUAAAGGUUGACAACAUCACAAUUUCUUCACCAGAGAAUAGCCCAAAUACUGAUGGAAUUCACUUGCAGAACACACAAGAUGUAGAAAUUCACCAUUCUAAUAUUGGAACUGGAGAUGACUGUAUAUCCAUACAAACUGGUUGCUCUAACAUCCAUAUUCAUCAUAUUAAUUGUGGUCCAGGGCAUGGUAUAAGUUUAGGAGGACUCGGGAAAGAUAAAUCUGUUGCAUGUGUCUCUAAUAUUGUUGUGGAAAAAAUCUCACUACAGAAUACCUUAGCUGGAGUUAGAAUAAAGACAUGGCAGGGAGGUCUCGGAUCGGUUAAAAACAUAUCAUUUUCGAACAUUCAAGUGUCGGACGUUAAGUAUCCGAUAAUAAUCGACCAGUUCUAUUGCGACAAGCACAUCUGCAAGAACCAAACAGAAGGUGUGUUAAUAUCCGGUGUUAAAUACGAUCAAAUUAUCGGAAGUUACACCACACAGCCCAUCCAUCUCGCUUGUAGCAAAGACGUACCGUGCAUAGAUGUUGACCUAACUAAUAUUCAGUUGAAAGCUUCCUCAAGAUUAGGAAGUAAUAAUAAUGUCCAACAGGCUUUGUGUUGGAAUUCUUAUGGGAAAUCACAAGCACCUAUUUAUCCUUCAACUAUAGAUUAUUGCUUGAUGAGAGAUAGCGGGUUUAUUAGGAGAAUAGCAAGGUCACACGAACAUCUAUGCUAAAAUUGUGUGUAUUUAUAUGUUUUAUCUUUUUAUUUGAAUGUGUUUAUGUUUGUGCU